ACGCCGACGCGACGACAGAACUCGUCCUCUCGCGCUGCCGGCUGGUCCACCGCGUUGAUUAAACCCUGAUUAACGGACAGAAAACUGAUUUAUCUCGCCGUGUUGAAAAAAUAAUCGGCCGAUAGUGAGGAUAUGUCGUGAUGGAGGGACAGGAGUGGCGCGACUGGCAUCCGCAGCGGCAGCUGGACGCAGGGUUCCUCGGCGGUCAGUGCGCGCGCUACGCGGCGCCCCCGCGGGAGCUGGAGCCGCAGCCCGCCGCCCUGCCGUCCCUACACACGCAGCCACUCAGAGAUAGCCAGGUAUGCGGCCGCGGGGCCAGCUACUCGCCGCUGCGGGCGCUCCGAGAGAGCACCUGUCGCGACCACGCCGCCCACAGCGAGCCGCCGCCGCCGCCGCCCGCACGCAUGCAGGUGCCUCCCCAAAACGUGACCCUCCACCCGGCCGUCUCCCGGUGCUCGGCCUCCCUGGAGCUGUCAGCCCUGUGGCGAAGCUUCCACGAGCUCGGCACGGAGAUGAUCGUGACCAAGGCGGGGCGGCGCAUGUUCCCCGCGCUCCAGGCGCGGCUGGCGGGCCUGCUGCCCACGGCCGAGUAUCUGCUGCUGGUUGAUUUUGUGCCGCUGGAUGAUAAGCGGUAUCGGUACGCGUUUCAUAGCUCAAGCUGGGUGGUAGCGGGCAAGGCGGACCCGGUGUCUCCCCCCCGGAUCCACGUGCACCCGGACUCACCCGCGCCGGGGCAGCACUGGAUGCGCCAGCUCGUCUCCUUCGACAAGCUCAAGCUGACUAACAACCAGCUCGAUGAUAAUGGCCAUAUAAUCCUGAACUCGAUGCACCGCUACCAGCCGCGCCUGCACGUGGUGUACCUGCCGGGGGAGGGGGGCGCGGCGCCCGGGACCGUGCCGUACCGCACCUUCGUGUUCCCCGAGACCGGCUUCACCGCCGUCACCGCCUACCAGAACCAUCGGAUAACACAACUAAAGAUAGCAAGCAAUCCAUUCGCCAAAGGAUUCAGAGAUUGCGACCCUGACGACUGUCCCCCGGAGCAGGCGGCCCAGCGCGCGCCCCCGCGGCGCCGCGAGCCCGCGCCCGAGCCGCACGCGCAGCUCGCGCAGCCCUACGCCGCCGAGCCCAGCGCCUGCGGCCCGCUGUACGCCGCGCACGCGCACUGCGUCAGAUACCAGCCCCACACCGGUCACAAUGGCUCGUACAGUGCCUACUACACACACAGAUAGCUGCACGCUGACUAAACCAAAGAAGUAGAAUUAAUCACCCCUGAAUUAAUUCGUAUUGUCCGUUUCUAGGUAGUACAAUCUUACUUGGCUGAUACAUUAUUAUUAAUUCAUCCGUGCAUCAAAUUAUUUACCAAAUAUUUAUUAUUUCUAAGGUACAUACUUGAGUAGGUUUACCUAAGAUCUUGUCUAAGUAAGUUUAUGAAUCAGUGGAUGAUCCACUAGUAAUAGUAAUAUAAUCACAAAAUAUGAUUGUGAUUUAUAAUGCCUUUGAAAGUAAUUAAAUUGUGCCUUAAAAAAGUGCCUUGUGAAAGUCUCAUAUAAGAGGUUUUAAUGUAAUGUAGAAAGUAACUUAAGUAAUAAGUUUAUCGCACGUAAGGCUGUGAUAUCGAGGCCAAAAUUAUUAAAUGUAUUUGUGAAAUAAAG